CUCUUCCGAGUUCGAUGAGAUCGGCUCUGGGCCCUGCCGUGAGUCCUCGGUGCGGGCGACAGCGCUGCUGAACAUGGCGUCAGACGGGAUGAUUUUAACGAACCACGACCACCAAAUCCGGGUCGGAGUCCUGACAGUGAGUGACAGCUGUUAUCGGAACCUAGCUGAGGACCGCAGUGGCAUCAACCUCAAAGAUCUCGUCCAUGACCCCUCCUUGUUGGGGGGCAUGAUCUCAGCCUACAAGAUAGUGCCAGAUGAGAUAGAUGAAAUCAAGGAAACACUGGUGGACUGGUGUGAUGAGAAAGAGCUCAACCUCAUUCUCACCACUGGAGGCACUGGCUUCGCCCCGAGAGAUGUAACACCAGAGGCCACUAAGGAGGUGAUAGAGCGGGAGGCACCUGGGAUGUCUCUUGCAAUGCUGAUGGGAUCCCUCAAUGUUACACCAUUAGGCAUGCUUUCCAGACCUGUCUGCGGGAUCCGAGGCAAGACGCUCAUCAUUAACUUACCAGGAAGCAAGAAAGGCUCCCAGGAAUGCUUUCAGUUCAUCCUCCCAGCGCUGCCGCACGCCAUCGACCUCCUCCGGGACGCGGUGGUGAAGGUAAAAGAGGCCGUAGAUGAGCUGGAGGACCUGCCUUCACCACCGCCACCCCUUUCACCGCCUCCCAACAGUUCACCCCGCCGCCAGACAGAAGACAAAGGUGUACAGUGUGAGGAGGAGGAUGAGGAGAAGAAGGAUAGCGGGGUGGCAUCCACCGAGGACAGCUCCUCCUCCCACAUCACUGCCGCAUCCAUCGCUGCCAAGAUCCCAGACUCCAUUAUCUCGCGGGGUGUGCAGGUGUUACCCAGGGAUGCAGCCUCCCUCAGUACCACGCCCUCAGAGUCCCCUCGCGCCCAGGCCACCUCCCGUCUCUCUACCGCUUCCUGUCCCACGCCCAAAGUGCAGUCACGAUGCAGCAGUAAAGAAAAUAUCCUAAGAUCAAGUCACAGUGCGGUGGAUAUCACAAAGGUGGCCCGCAGGCACCGCAUGUCUCCUUUCCCCCUAACCUCCAUGGAUAAGGCCUUCAUCACUGUGCUUGAGAUGACCGCUGUCCUGGGUACUGAAAUCAUCAACUACAGAGAUGGGAUGGGUCGUGUUCUGGCUCAGGACGUUUAUGCCAAAGACAACCUUCCACCCUUUCCGGCUUCGGUAAAGGAUGGAUAUGCUGUGAGAGCGGCUGAUGGCCCAGGUGAUCGUUUCAUCAUCGGAGAAUCCCAAGCUGGAGAACAGCCUACCCACACAGUGAUGCCUGGCCAGGUGAUGAGGGUGACGACGGGGGCCCCUAUCCCCUGCGGUGCAGAUGCUGUCGUCCAGGUGGAAGAUACCGAGCUCCUCCGAGAGUCAGAAGAUGGAACAGAGGAGUUGGAGGUCAGAAUUCUAGUACAAGCUCGUCCAGGACAGGACAUCAGGCCUAUUGGUCACGACAUCAAGCGUGGGGAGUGUGUACUGGCGAAGGGAACCCAUAUGGGCCCCUCUGAAAUCGGUCUGUUGGCUACUGUCGGAGUCACAGAGGUUGAGGUCCAGAAAUUCCCCGUUGUAGCUGUCAUGUCCACUGGAAAUGAGCUGCUCAACCCAGAGGAUGACCUCCAUCCUGGGAAGAUUAGGGACAGCAAUCGUUCCACCCUGCUUGCAACUAUCCAGGAACAUGGCUACCCUACUAUCAAUCUGGGAAUCGUUGGGGACAACCCUGAUGACCUUUUGAAUGCUCUUAAUGAAGGCAUCAGCCGUGCUGAUGUCAUUAUCACAUCAGGAGGGGUGUCCAUGGGAGAGAAGGAUUACCUCAAGCAGGUGCUGGAUAUUGAUCUUCAUGCUCAAAUCCAUUUUGGUCGCGUUUUUAUGAAACCAGGUCUCCCAACAACAUUUGCCACCUUGGACAUGGACGGUGCUCGCAAACUGAUUUUUGCCCUCCCAGGAAACCCCGUGUCUGCUGUUGUCACCUGUAAUCUUUUUGUCAUCCCUGCUUUGAGGAAGAUGCAGGGUAUUUUGGACCCCAGGCCCACCAUCAUCAAAGCGAGGUUGUCAUGUGAUGUGAAGCUGGACCCACGCCCUGAAUAUCACCGCUGCAUUCUGACGUGGCAUCACCAGGAGCCUCUGCCGUGGGCACAGAGCACAGGGAACCAGGUGAGCAGCAGACUGAUGAGCAUGCGCAGUGCCAACGGGCUCCUGAUGCUACCUCCAAAAACAGAGCAAUACGUGGAGCUGCACAAGGGAGAGGUGGUGGACGUCAUGGUGAUUGGGCGGCUAUGAUGUCGUCAGAGGGGGGAGCAGGACGACAUCACUCAGCGAGCAUUGGAAUGGGUGGUUCACGGUGCAUGUCCACAUAUCAUUGACUAUUCUGUAAUAUGCAACGGCACAGCUAGUUUUUAUUGAUUUGGAUAACGUUGAGGUAUAGUCAACAUCUUGAUCACAACCUAGAUACAUAUUUAAAAAAAAUAAUUUAAAAAGAUUAUAGUAUUUCAAAAAAAAGAAAAUAUAACUUUUAAUGAAAAAAAUCUAAUUAUAAAAAGAGAUUUAUUCUGUAAUAUAUUAUUAUGAUUAUUAUUCUUAUUAUUAUUAUCAUUAUUAUUCUUAUUAUCAUUAUUAUAUUAAGGCAACUUUGUUCCUUUCAUUGCAAUUGCUUUGUGUGUUUAAUGCUAGACCUUAUCUAUAGCAGUAGCAUUUUAAUAGACCGCUGUAGGUGCCUGCCAGGACAAAAAAAAAAGAAAUUAUUUUCUCAUCUUUAGUGGAAAAAAAAUAAUGUUUUUUUUUAAGUGAAGAAAACAUGGAAGGCUCCAGAUUUCAUAUGGUGCUCGGUUUUGAGGAAAGAGGCUGUGUAUCAAGGCCACCUCCUCCUCUGAGGGCCCAUCAAGGUGACACUUCUCUUUUUCCCUCAUUAGUAUGCAUCAUAUUGGCUACACAAAGAGCUUUGCUUGUUGUUUAUCUUGUGAGUCUUGUUUAUGUGCGCAGUGCCAAAUGCCUGGGUAGGUUGGAGGUGGUA